AAUGCUCCGUGGCGCAGAGCAAACGCAGUAAAGCGCUGUAACGUGAGGAGGCGAGCCUGUGGAGCGACGCCCUGCUGAAGAAGUUGUAAAUAAUAGUGGAUUGGCCUCUUUUGCUGCCAAACGCGCCGGAGAAAUUCUACAAACAUCUCAUGCUGACGAUGAAAAUAUGGCAGCUGGAAGAACCAGGUCCUUCCGUCGCGUUGGGAGCCUCAUGCGGAGUAAAUCUGAGGGGACACUGAUUGAUCUGGGUGAUGGUCCCUCAACCAGUGACAACUUGAACGGUGGAUACGUUCCAGGAAUUACACUGAACUCAAACUGGCCACUCUUAAACCCAGAAGUCUCACAUUCAUCUCAAACAAAAAAUCCCUUUUGGAACAAGCUGUCCACAUCAAACCCUUUCUUAGAUGACAUUGUACACAACAGCACAGACAAACAUAUCUUUGACACGACGGAUGCAGAUCAGGGCAACAAAAAACACCCGGAUACAAAUAACGAUGAUGCCAUCAGCACAUCUUCAGACGAAGGCAAUGUUGGGGACUUUUUGGAAAAGAAAGUGGGCAACAGAUCUGGGAGGUGGAGGAGUGCUUCAGACAUCCUCGAAAAUCUGGAGAGAAAGGUGCCAAAACGAGAGAACAGCUUCCAGCCACCCGGACCGGUGCUCAACCCGGAUUUUGAGUGGCUAAAGAAUGACAGAGAGGCCUAUAAGAUGGCCUGGCUGAGCCAUCGGCAGCUAACCCGCUCAUGUCUGGACUUAAAUCUGAUAAGCCAGAGUCCUGGGUGGGCUCAGACCCAGGCCACUAACUUUCAGGUUAUUCACAAGAUCGGACACAGUGGAGGCUCACUGCAGAUACCAGAAUCAGAAAUUAGCAUCCAUAUCCCAGAAGGUCACGUUCCUCCGGGAGAAGUCCAGGAAGUUACACUGAAAGCGAUGCUGGACCCUCCGCCUGGCCUCAACAACAACUACGUGACGACCAUGAGCCCUCUGGUUGAGGUAGUUCUCAGCAACAUCAACACAAAGGAGUGUUUGUCUCUGGAAGUGAAGCUGUCAGGAGAAGUGAAGGAUGAACCUCUAAGCCAAGUGAUGACCACCGUGUUUGGACUCGUGUCGAACAAAAGAGAGGGACCUUACGUCAAAAUGAACAACUGUUACAUUUACAAGAACACGAUGCAGAUGAAGCUUCAGGACCUCAAGACGCAUUUUUACAUGAUUGCAGUCGCGGAGGCCUCUGCCCUACAGCCUCCUGCUACAUCAGUCUGGGAUUACCUUGACCGGCACAUCACUGUGGCAGUUUAUGGCCCCAGGUACAUCCAUCCAUCAUUCAAGGUUGUAAUAGUCGUCUGCUGUCAUGAGGAUGUUCCACCAAAGCUUCCGUUUUCAGAUAUCUGCAGAGGCAACAAAAGCCUGCCUCCUCUUGUGCUGCAGCUCUGGGGAAAACACAGAUUUAAACCAGACAAACUGAACGACUUGCAUGUUGGAGUUGGCAUCGCAGGCUCGAUGUUUAAAAUCCAACCUGAGGACAAACUGAAAGAAGUUAGGCAAAGCCAGCUCAAAAUAGGGACAGUUUUGCAUCUACCGGUUGCUCUGUCUUGUUCUGGUAAUACAGAAAUGACUCCUUUUAAAUUAGAUAUACAUGUUAAGGAAUCAAACGUUUCAACUGUUGCACAUUUUCAGGUGCCUUCCCCUCCUGCAGCACCCAUCAGAUCAGAAAAGCGAGUGCCGAGGCAGAUAGAAAGGAAGAUUGAAAUGGCAAGAACAAUGCCCAUUCCUGAGGAAAGUGUUCCCGAUACACCCAAUUUCAAAGACAGAGCUGUGAACCUGCAGUGGUACGGCGUAGCCCUGAAGUCAGUGCUCCGUCAGCCACGAGUAGAAUACCUUCUGGAGUACUUCAAGGGUGACACAGUGGCUCUCCUUUCCAGAGAGACGGUCAGGUCAGUAGGUAACUCCAAAGUAAAGGAGUGGUAUAUCGGAUUCCUCAGAGGAAGGACUGGUUUGGUUCACUGCAAAAACGUCAAACUCAUCACCAGAGACCAGGUGAUUGACUUCACCGGCAUUAAGGUCACCACAGCGGUCCUUUUGGACAACAUGACGCUACCUUUCAACAAGCUCACUUACAUGUACUCGGCCAUCCAGACUCUGGUCACCGAACACAUAACCAGCUGGAAAAGUUUUGCGGAUGCUUUAGGGUACAGAAGCUUGUCUCUGGACACAAUGACUAGAAGGUACGCUGAAACUGAGGCCGACAAGGUGGCUUGUGUUCUGGAAAAGCUGAAGGAGGACUGCCACACCGACAGGACCAGAAGAAAGUUCCUGCAUGAGCUCAUGGUGGGUUUGCUGAAAAUCGACUCCAUAAAUCUUGUAGCCCGCCUCAUCCAGAACACCGUCAUCCUAUCCACUGCAGUGGAGCUUGGGAUUCGAUGGCGAGAGCUUGCUGAGAAGAUGGGAAAACUGUCCAGUGCUCAGAUAGCCAGCUAUGAGGCGCCGCAUCGAGGGAAGAAUGGUGAAGUCGGCCCCCAGUCAAUGUGGAAGCCAGCCUAUGACUUCCUCUACUCCUGGAGUCUGCGUUAUGGAGACAGUUACAGGGACAUGAUCCAAGAUCUGCACCUUAUCCUGGACAAAAUGAAAAACCCGGCCACCAGACAGUGGAGGCACCUGACUGGUGCGCUAAUCACUGUGAACUGCCUCGAUAUUUUUCAAGCCUCUGCUUACCCAAAACCUUAAACCCUUUUCAAAUGCACUUCAGUGAAUAACCCUCUGCACCCCAAACCAACCAGUGAGUCUUUUGAAAAGUUGCCAAAAUGACACCAUUUAUCUGAGUCAGAAACUGCUGGAUUUUCAACUUUCUGAGAGCCUUUGAACUUAUCAUCUGUGAUGGGGCAUUCUGUAGGAAAACUUAGCAAAAUCUAAACUUAAAAUCAUGAUAUUUCAUCAAAGUCAUGUUAUUCUACAUGCCUCAAAAAUUCACAAAAAAUAUACCAUGUGCACUACCCAGAUCCUGUUAAAAACAUAUAAAUUUCAUAUUCUUUCCGGUGGAACUGGGCUGAACUGCAGGCAGUGUUUACACAGAGCAGAUGGGUGUCUGGUAUGGAAACAAAUUAAAAAUACAAGUUGUAAAACAUCUAUGGUGUGUAGAGCCACCUUUUUUGUCCAGCAUACUUGUAACACUUUGAAAAAUGUUGUACAUGUUGACUCCAGGUCUGAUUUUUCUUAAAACUAUUGAUACAAACCAAUCAUCUUUUCUUUUUAAAAAUAUAUUUAUAAUAUUAUAAUUGGGUCAUAGUGCUCUAAAAACAUCUCUGAAUUCUCUCUUUUAACCAUGUUUCUGUUGUUUGUAAAGAGGCAUAGGACUUCAUAUUACAGUAAAAAUAAAUGAGCCAACAAGUGAAAAUGUGACCCAAAAACUGUUUGGGGUUCAGAGGGUUAAAAACAACCUUUCUGCUUCUGGGGAAACAGAACGCCGAUGUUGGUGACAGCAAUAAGGUCUAAAUGAACUUGCUACCUACCUUUCUCUUUUCUCUGUUCUACACAAGCAUUAGAAGCAAUAUUUUUUUGAGAUUCAAUCAGUUACCUGCACUAUAUGUUCUCACAGUUAGUGAGGUGUGAAGGAAAACUAAGUCUUUAUAUCUGUGCAAAUGUGAUGUUGCCAUUUUUAUUUUGGUAGAUUAUUUUCAGUCACAUGGUUAAGAGAUCAGUUAUACUCAAGUUACAUCAGCUGUCCUGUAGAGCUGCAAAGAUUAAUUUAUUUUAAAAUAAUCUGCAACUAUUUUUUAUAGCAAUGAAUCAGUUUGAGUAAUUUUUCUUAGGAAAAAAAAGUCUAAAUUCCAUGAGUCCAGCUUCUUAAAUGUGAAUAUUUUGUAGUUUAUUUCCUUGUCUGUGAUGGUAAACUGAAUAUCUUUUGGGUUGUGGACAAAACAAAAUGUUUGUUAUUUUGAGUUUCAAUGUUUUCUGACAUUUUAUGAACCAAAUUUGCAAAUUGAUUAUUCAAGAAAAUAAAUUACAGAUUUAUUGGGAAUAAAAUUAAUUUAUAAUUCAUUUAAUAAUUAUCAAUUGCAAUCCUGCUGUCCUGUAUCUGAAUAAUCCCAUCUGAUGCAUAGACAUUUAUUUUAAACCUUUAUUCCACUGUCCUUUCACAGUGAGCUAACAUCACACAAUUCAGACUCCUUUAUUUUUUGAAUCAUCAUCUCCAUAGAUGUGUAAUUCUUUAAAAUGACAAAUUUAUAGACAUUGAUUUAUAUGUCAAAUUAAUUAUUUAAAUUUAGAUUUUUUAAAAAAUCAGAAUCCACAGCAUCCCUUUGGCUUCUGUGAACACUUGUGGUUUAUCAGUGUGAUUUUUUUAGAUACAGUUUUCUGUAACGUACUGUCAGCAACUGACUGAACAGUCAGGACUCUGAUUAAUGUGAACAGUGUGGUUAAAAGUCUCAAGGGUUGCAGUACUGACAGUCCAUUAAUCUUUAUUAUUUGCUGAAGUUUGUGCGCUGAAAGUGAAAAUGUUCUACCAAAGUGAAAGUUUCCAAAUGCCAGUAAACAAACAAGAAAGAAGCUACUAUGCAGCAUGUGUCAUAAACUGUUGUUUUUUGAAAUAUUAGUGUUAUUUUUAUACUGUAAUGUCAUGUUUUAUAGAUGCAUAAAGCAGAUAUUUUAAUAAGGCCAACACUGUAAUCAUAUAUUCACUGUUAUAAUAUUGUCAAAUGGAAACCUCAGUGUUUAGAGUGGUGCCAUGUACAGGUGCCUUCAGUCACUGAAACCUCAGUUGACUGAUAUAUUUCAUACUCUGUUGUAAAAGUGUUGCAGGAGAUAUGAAUAAAUAUAAACUGUGACACUA